AAACUAUACUAUAUUACUAUAUGAAUCAGAAACGUCAACGGCGUUUAAGAACAACAAAAAAAAAACACUUUGGUUUUCAAAUUACAGCACCAUGGCUAAUGAUCCUGAAAUCAACUCACCUCUAAUUAAAAGGCAUGUCAACAACGCCGACGCCAACACCUCGAGCUCGCCGGACGGCGGCGAGAAUUCUCCGAUCGAGCAGGUGGCGCUGACGGUUCCGGUGGGCGACGAUCCAUCACUUCCUUCCUUCACUUUCCGGACAUGGAUUUUGGGAACUCUAGCCUGCGCUCUCCUCUCGUUCCUGAACCAGUUCUUCGGGUACAGGCGGGAGCCGCUUUCGGUGACGGCGAUCUCGGCGCAGAUAGCGGUGGUGCCGGCGGGGCACCUGAUGGCGGCGGCGGUGACAAGGCGCGUGUUCAUGAGAGGCACAAAAUGGGAAUUCACGCUGAAUCCGGGGAAGUUCAACGUGAAGGAGCACGUGCUCAUUACCAUCUUCGCCAGUUCCGGAGCCGCAAGCGUCUACGCCAUCCACUUCGUUAGCGCCGUUAAAGUGUUCUACCGGAAGGAGUUAACGGUUUUGGCGGCGUUAUUGGUAGUUAUAACGACGCAGGUUUUGGGCUUCGGUUGGGCCGGGGUUUUCAGACGCUACCUCGUCGAGCCCGCUACCAUGUGGUGGCCCCAAAAUCUUGUUCAGGUCUCGCUCUUCAGGGCGCUGCAUGAGCAAGAGAAGAGACCAAAGGGAGGGUUAACUAGGAAUCAGUUUUUCCUUAUAGCAUUCCUUUGCAGUUUUGCAUAUUAUGUCUUCCCUGGCUACUUGAUCCCAAUGUUAACAUCAAUUUCGUGGAUUUGCUGGGUGUUUCCCACUUCCGUUAUAGCACACCAAUUAGGUUCAGGGUUGCAUGGUCUUGGACUUGGUGCUAUUGGCUUUGACUGGUCAAGUAUAUGUUCCUAUCUUGGUAGCCCUUUGGCUAGCCCAUGGUUUGCCACGGCUAAUGUUGCUGCCGGUUUUGCCAUUUUCAUGUAUGUCAUCAUGCCCAUUGCGUAUUGGACUAACCUUUACAAGGCAAGAAGUUUUCCCAUAUUUUCAGAUGAUCUAUUCAUGUCCAAUGGUCAAAAGUACAACAUCUCAGCUAUCACAGACUCCAAGUUUCACCUUGACAUGGAGGCUUAUGAGCGUGAAGGCCCUCUUUAUCUUAGCACCAUGUUUGCUAUGUCAUAUGGCAUUGGUUUUGCUUGCCUUUCUGCAACCCUUGUUCAUGUAUUGCUCUUCCAUGGGAGUGAAAUAUGGCGGCUAAGUAAGUCUGCUUUCCAAGAGAAUAAGAUAGAUAUACACACGAAGAUCAUGAGAAAGCAUUAUAAACAAGUUCCUGAAUGGUGGUUUCUUUGCAUUCUUCUGUUCAACAUCACGGCAACUAUAUUUAUAUGUGAAUAUUUUAACAAUCAACUCCAACUACCAUGGUGGGGUGUGGUGUUAGCUUGUAUUGUUGCCAUAUCAUUUACUCUUCCGGUUGGAGUGAUUAGAGCCACAACAAAUCAGGCACCAGCUUUGAAUAUAAUAACAGAGUACAUAAUUGGAUACAUCUACCCGGGAUAUCCUGUUGCCAUUAUGUUGUUUAAAGUGUAUGGGAAUGUGAGCAUGAAGCAGGCGAUUUUCUUUUUACAAGAUUUUAAGCUUGGCCAUUACAUGAAGAUUCCUCCAAGAGAAAUGUUCUUUGCACAGGUACUUGGCACCUUAAUAUCUGCAGUGGUGCAUUUGCUAACAGCAUGGUGGCUGAUGAACACUGUUCCAAAUAUAUGCGAACGAGAAUUGCUUCCAGCAGGUAGUCCAUGGACUUGCCCUGGUGAUCAUGUGUUCUAUGAUGCAUCUGUGGUAUGGGGUUUGAUAGGACCACGUAGAAUUUUUGGAGAUCUUGGACACUACUCAGCCAUCAAUUGGUUUUUCUUGGCUGGAGCUAUUGCUCCUUUCUUGGUUUGGCUAGCACACAAGGCUUUUCCAAAUAAGCAAUGGAUUAGACUUAUCACUGUGCCUGUGCUCUUGGGAGCAUUAGCUGACAUGCCUCCAGCCACAGCAGUAAACUACACAAGUUGGGUUCUUGUUGGGUUUCUCUCAGGGUUUGUUGUCUACCGUUACUAUCGCGAUUGGUGGAGCCGACACAACUAUGUCUUGUCUGGGGCACUUGAUGCUGGAUUAGCCUUCAUGGGUGUUUUGCUCUACUUGUGUUUGGGGAUGAAACAGAUUAGCCUAAACUGGUGGGGUAGUGAUCCUGAUGGAUGCCCAUUAGCUUCAUGUCCAACUUCUCCUGGUGUUGAAUCUAAAGGGUGUUCUGUUUACUGAGUUUGUAAGUGAUGUAUUGGUAUAGUUGCAGCCAUGAUUUUAAAUUGUGGUUGAGGUUGUGUGCGAUUUGCAAAUAUAUACACAAAUGCUGGCAUAAUUCUUUCUUCUUCAAUGCAUGUAGAGGUUGUAUAUAAAUUUUGUAAAAUAUUGGAUUUAUUUAUGAAUAAUGAUGUAAAUUUACAUUAUAUCCAUGAAGAUGUCUAAUAUUCAAAAGUGUA